AUGCAUGCACCGCUGCUUGGAAGAGCUAUAAAUAGGCGAGCUUGUCCGAAGCCAGUGAUCAAUAACACCACACUGUCAGAGCAGCUUCACUGCGAGCUAGGCAUCUCUAAUCCAAUUAACCUGAUCGCCGCCAUGGCCGCUCCUACCUUUCUGCACCGCCUGCUCGCCGUCUGGCUCCUCUCCUGCGCCGCCCACGCGCAGCUCUCGACGACCUUCUACUCCGCCUCCUGCCCCAACCUGGAGGCCAUCGUGCGGGCGGGGAUGAACAAGGCCAUCCGCAACGAGCGCCGGGUCGGCGCCUCGCUUCUCAGGCUCUUCUUCCACGACUGCUUCGUCCAGGGCUGUGACGGCUCGGUUCUUCUCGACGCCGGCGGCGAGAAGCAAGCCGCACCGAACAAUGGGUCCAUCCGUGGCUUCGGUGUCAUCGACGCCAUCAAGGCCAGCGUGGAGGCCGCGUGCCCCGGCGUCGUCUCCUGCGCCGACAUCCUCGCGCUCACCGCGCGCGACGGGACGUUCCUGCUGGGCGGGCCGACCUGGAGAGUGCCGCUCGGCCGUCGCGACUCGACGACGGCGAGCCGGGCUCUGGCCAACGUGAACCUCCCGCCGCCGACCGCCGGCUUGGCCACGCUGAUCUCCCUGUUCGGCAGGCAGGGGCUCUCGCCGGCCGAGAUGACGGCGCUGUCGGGCGCGCACACCAUCGGCCUGGCGCAGUGCCUGAACUUCAACGCCCGCAUCUACAGGGACGCCAACAUCGACCCGUCCUUCGCGGCGCUGCGGCGGCGGACGUGCCCCAGCUCCGGCAACGCCAACCUGGCGCCUAUCGACGUGCAGACCCCCUCGGCGUUCGACGCCGCCUACUACCGGAACCUGCUGGCGAAGCGCGGCCUGUUCCACUCCGACCAGGCGCUCUUCGACGGAGGGUCGGAGGACGCGCUGGUGCGGCAGUACGGCGCCAACCCCGCGCUCUUCCGGACCGACUUCGUCAAGGCGAUGGUGAAGAUGGGCAACAUACAUCCGCUCACCGGAAGCGCCGGCGAGAUCAGGGCCAACUGCCAUGUCGUCAACAGCUAG